UAAACUCAACGUCUAAAUAAUCCAAAUCAGUAAAGUGACAACAGCAAGAAUACAACAAGCAGUUUUCACUUCAGUCAGUCUGGAGAGCUGCAUCUUUAUUGGUCAUAUUCUGAACUUUAUGUUGUACAAAGGGUUAAACACACAGUAUCAAACCACUUCCUGUAAUGCCCCUCCCUCUUCUUCCUGCUCUCAAACACAGUCAGCUCCACUCUGUUCAUGCAUUUCCUUGUUCCCUCCCCUUCAGAUCUACAGUUUGAAGAUGGGUGGAACCAACAUGUGGUGAAGUGUGAGAGCUGACAGGCCCCGUUCACUGCAGAGACACAUGUUGUUGAGAUCAGAGCUCAAACUAGUUUCAGUUCUGAGGAAGUGAAACUCAGACAGUCGUUGUCACUGAGAGCUGAAAUGGCGCAGAAAGGAGAUCAGCUGGAAAUCUUGUCUUGUUCCAUCUGUCUGGAUUUACUGAAGGAUCCGGUGACUAUUCCCUGUGGACACAGCUACUGCAUAAACUGUAUUAAAAGCUUCUGGGAUGAAGAGGAUGAGAAGAGAAUCCACAGCUGCCCUCAGUGUAGGCAGACCUUCACACCGAGGCCUGUCCUGGGGAAAAACACCAUGUUAGCAGCUUUAGUGGAGCAGCUGAAGAAGACUGGACUCCAAGCUGCUGCUGCUGAUCACUGCUAUGCUGGACCUGAAGACGUGGCCUGUGAUGUCUGCACUGGGAGGAAACUGAAAGCUGUUAAAUCCUGUCUGGUUUGUCUGGCCUCUUACUGCGAGAAUCACCUGCAGCCUCAUUAUGAAGCAGCUCCAUUAAAGAAACACAAGCUGGUGGAGCCCUCCGAGAAGCUCCAGGAGAACAUCUGCUCUCGUCACGAUGAGGUGAUGAAUAUGUUCUGCCGCACUGAUCAGCAGUGUAUCUGUUAUCUCUGCUCUGUGGAUGAACAUAAAGGCCACGACACAGUCUCAGCUGCAGCAGAAAGGACUGAGAGGCAGAGAGAGCUCCAGCUGAGGCGACAGGAGAUCCAGCAGAGAAUCCAGGACAGAGAGAAAGAUGUGAAGCUGCUUCAACAGGAGGGGGAGGCUAUCAAUGGCUCUGCUGAUAAAGUUGUGGAGGACAGUGAGAAGAUCUUCACUGAGCUGAUCCGUCUCAUGGAGAAAAGACGCUCUGAUGUGAAGCAGCAGAUCAGAUCCCAGCAGGAAACUGAAGCCAGUCGAGUCAAAGAGCUUCAGGAGAAGCUGGAGCAGGAGAUCGCUGAGCUGAAGAGGAAAGACGCUGAGCUGAAGAGGAAAGACGCUGAGCUGAAGCAGCUCUCACACACAGAGGAUCACAGCCACUUUCUACGCAACUACCCCUCACUGUCACAACUCAGUGAAUCUACAGACUCAUCCAGCAUCAAUAUCUUUCCUCUGAGAUACUUUGAGGAGGUGACAGCAGCUGUGUCAGAGCUCAGAGAGAAACUACAGGACGUUCUGACAGAGACAUGGACAAACAUCUCACUGACAGUGACUGAAGUGGAUGUUUUACUGUCACAACCAGAGCCCAGGACCAGAGGUGGAUUAUUAAAAUAUUCACAGGAAAUCACACUGGAUACAAACACAGCUUUAACAUGGCUGUUAUUAUUUAAGGGAAACCAAAAAGUAAAAUUUAUGUUCAAACAACAGUCUUAUCCUGAUCAUCCAGACAGAUUCACUUCAUAUUGUCAGGUCCUGAGUAGAGAGAGUCUGACUGGACGUUGUUACUGGGAGGUGGAGAGGAGAGGAAGAGGAGUUUGUGUAGCAGUCUCAUACAAGAAUAUCAGCAGAGCAGGGGAGGAAAGUUUAUUUGGAAACAAUGACAGAUCUUGGGCAUUAUAUUGUGAUCAAAACAGUUUUUCAUUUAGGUUCAACAGCAUCAAAACUCCAGUCUCAGGUCCUCAGUCCUCCAGAGUAGGAGUGUACCUGGAUCACAGAGCAGGUGUUCUGUCCUUCUACAGCGUCUCUGAAACCAUGACUCUCCUCCACAGGGUCCAGACCACAUUCACUCAGCCUCUCUAUGCUGGACUUCGGGUUUAUAAUAGAGGAACCACAGCAGAGUUGUGUAAAGUGAAAUAGACAGAGUGAGUUAAAAUGUGUAUAUUGGGGGGCGUUGUGUGGCAUUGUGGUCUAAGCAGGCGCCCCAUGUGUAGAGGCUACAGUCCUCGCUGCAGUUGGCCCCGGUUCGGACGACCUGCUGCAUGUCAUUCCCCCUCUCUCUGCCACCCAAUUUCCUGUCUCUCUACUGUCCUGUCCAUUAAAGGCACAAAAAGCCCCAAAAAAUAACUUUAAAAAAAUGUGUAUUUUAGCCUCUCAAUGUAUUUUGUGCCUUUGUGUUUGUUGCUGAGAGUCAUUGUCAGCACUUUGACCUCUUCUCUCUUGUGGUGUCGAUGUAGGAGUGACUUUAGGCCGAGCUGGAGCCAUGGAGGAAAUCACUGCUCAUGAUGAUGGUAGUUUCACCUGAACUCACAUUUCUCCACAUGAGAACAAAAACUUCUCUGAGCUCUGAGUGUUUGUUGGAUGUUUGUGUUGAUGUGUUUGUCUGUUGUUGUUUGGGUCUGAACAGAGAAAUCACCGGACCUUCCUUUAUCACAGAUGUUUUGUUCUCACUGUGUCAGACAGAAAUCUAUAAUUACAUUUACAUUGAUGUGUUUGUCAGAACAAAUGUUGUCGUUGUUCAAAUCCACUCACAAUAAGGUCUAUGAAGUUUAAUCAAAGUGUCAUUAUCAUAAUAAUCAAUGAGGAGAUGAUUCAUUAUUUUCUUUUCCCUCUCUGAGAUUCAUGUGAAACAAACUGAUUGUGUGGAUGAAGUGAAUCUGUUCAUGAAAUCACUGAACAAGAGUCAUUGAACAGACUUUACUGAUUCAGUGUGUGAACAAACUGAAGCUUCACGUCAUGAAUAAAGUUGAUUUUCAUCAACAAUCAAUCAAA